AUGUCUCAAACGCCAAGACAAGACCAAUUCAUUGCCAAUGACGUCACGUCGAACUCCUCGAAUACUACGCGGCCCAUGCUUGUCAAGGAAUACAAGAAAAUUGGACAUGGAGCUUUUGGAACAGUGGUGCAAGCAUUUUUGACUCCGGAUAACAAUAAAUGGUACGGCCCGUUCGCUAUCAAGAAAGUACCGGCCCAAACUGAAUACAAAUCGAGGGAGUUAGAGAUCCUGAGGAUCGCAGAACAUCCCAACGUGGUCAAACUGGAGUAUUUCUUCACCCACGUAUCGCCACAAGAUAACAAGGUUUAUCAGCAUCUCGCAAUGGAGUGUCUCCCGGAAACUCUGCAAUUCGAAAUUCACCGGUAUGCUUCAAACAAGCUGGAGCUACCCUUAAAACAUACAAAACUCUAUACAUACCAAGUUGCACGCGGUAUGCUGUAUCUGCACGCACUAGGAAUCUGUCAUCGUGACGUGAAGCCGUCAAAUGUGCUUGUGGACCCAAAUACGGGUGUGCUCAAGAUUUGCGAUUUUGGAUCCGCCAAAAAGCUCGAGCAAAACCAGCCUUCUAUCAGUUACAUCUGCUCUCGCUUUUAUAGAGCUCCGGAACUCAUAGUAGGAUGCACGCAAUACACUACGCAGAUAGAUAUUUGGGGGCUUGGAUGUGUCAUGGGUGAAAUGCUUAUAGGCAAAGCAGUUUUUCAGGGCCAGGAGCCGUUGCUGCAACUGCGGGAAAUUUCCAAAUUACUGGGUCCUCCGGAUAAGAAAUUUUUGUUCUUCUCUAACCCCUCCUACGAUGGGCCACUUUUCUCGAAGCCUCUCUUCACAGGAACCGUUAAAGAACGUUUCGAAAAGCACUUUGGACAAGCUGGCUCGGAUGGAGUGGAUUUGAUGAUGAAAAUACUGACAUAUGAACCAGAGCGUAGACUCUCGCCGCGGCGUAUUUUGGCGCAUCCAUUUUUUGAUGAUUUGAAAAAAGAACGUUACUUCUUUCCUCGGGGACACACACAGCCAAAGUGUUUACCGGAGCUGUUUGAUUUUACACCCUUCGAGAUGCAAGUCAUCGGUGAAUUGGCUCCAGAGGUUCAACCACAAGAGUAA